AUGAACGAAAGCAAGCAGCAACGACCAAAACCUGUUCCUGUGGCAGCUGUGGUGGAUCAAUGGAAGGAAACCGAGAUGGGAAAAACAAGAAAGAAGUAUGAAAAGCUAAGUGAGAAGAUUGUGUCAUGGGAAGAUAAACAGAGGAAAAAGGCAAAGAGAAAGCUUCAUAGAACAGAGAGAGGUGUAGAGAAAACAAAGUUGAAGGCGAUAGAGAGGUUCCGAGACGAAAAUGAACGCAUUGAGAUCAUCGUUGCAAGUGCAAGAGCACAUGCCUAUGAGAGUCAGACGAAAGAAGAAUUGAAGGUUAAGGAGAAGGCAAACCUCAUGAGAGCAACUGGAAGGAAACCCUCAACAUGUCUCUGAAUUCUGCAAGUUGUAGGAAAUGUAAGACAUACAUUCUUUAACGCUGCUGAUAACAAUCGUUAAACAUGUAAAAUGCACACACAAAUAUAAGGUGUCUAUCUAUUCGAAUAUAAGAGAGAUAACUCACA